GACUAGCUAGUGGGGAUGAGGGUUGACCGAGGAGUAGAAGGCAGCGGAAAGGAAGGAAGUACCAAGUAGCAUGCAAGCUCAAGUUUAACGUUUUUGAGGGGGAUUAGAUUCCAACCAGCGCAAAGAAUUUUAAUGCCUUUGAGAACAAGGUUAUGCCCCUUGUUUGGACAGCUUUGGUGGAAUUCAUUUCGGUUCUGCAGAAAACAAACUUCUAUAUUUGACUCAGUUCUGAGGCUUCCACUUUUUGCUUUAACAUCGGAAAGUCAAAGUUACAGACCCAUGGCUAAAAGCAAGUUUGAGUAUGUGAGGAAGUUUGAAACAGAUGAUACUUGCUUGCCGAAUUGCUGGAUUGUGGUCCGUCUAGAUGGAAGAAACUUCCACAAAUUUGCAGAAAUUCAUGACUUUGCAAAGCCUAAUGAUGACCGUGCUUUGCAAUUAAUGAGCAAAUGUGCUGAGAGUGUGAUGCAGGAAUUAGAAGACAUUGUGCUGGCAUAUGGCCAGAGUGAUGAGUACAGCUUUGUCUUUAGAAAGAAAUCACAUUGGUUCAAAAGAAGGGCCAGUAAAUUUAUGACCCAUGUGGCUUCCCAGUUUGCAUCCAGCUUUGUUUUCUUUUGGAAAGACUACUUUACGGACCAGCCUCUUCUGUACCCUCCAGGGUUUGAUGGAAGAGUCAUUUUGUAUCCCAGCAACCAAAAUCUAAAGGACUAUCUCAGCUGGAGACAGGCAGAUUGUCAUAUCAAUAACCUGUAUAAUACGGCAUUUUGGACACUGGUAACGAAAGGCAACCUGACAACUUCCAAAGCAGAAGAGAGAUUACGGGGAUCUCUGUCUUCAGACAAAAAUGAAAUUUUAUUUUCUGAAUUCAAUAUCAACUAUAAUAAUGAACCACAGAUGUAUAGAAAAGGAACAGUACUAUUGUGGCAAAAGUUAGUAUACAGCCCUCUACACCUCCAUUGCAUGGAAAGGAUGGAUUAAUUCAGCACCCACCGAUGCAGAAACUGUAUUUGGAUGAAUUGUUUUCACAGCUGAAGGCAUUCACAAA